AUCCACCGUUGAGAACCAACUGGUUGAGAACGAAGAGCAGUUUGUAACGAAAACAAAGUCAGAGACCGACUCAUGUUAGAGUGUUUCUCAUUAAGAAAACAGCCGUACGACGCGACGAAGAGCAGCAGCUUUGUGUGGUUCCGCACGAGGAAGCUCACUGAUUGUUGUUCUCUUAUUGGUUAGCCGAGCUAGCCCCGUUAGCCACUUUAGCUGGCUACCGAGCUCCGCCGCAAGCUAGCUUGAGCUAAACUAGCUCGAUCUCUUCGACCAGAGCGCGACCGACUACCGCAGACAUGCAGGACAUGCUGGCCAACGUGGACCACCUCAAGUUUGACUUGGAGCUGGCGAUGCAGCAGCAGCUCGGGGCGCAGUCGCUGCCCUUCCCCGGCAUGGACAAGUCCGGGUCGGCUGUGUGCGAGUUCUUCAUGAGAGCAGCGUGUCAGAAAGGUGGGAUGUGUCCGUUCCGUCACAUCAGUGGAGAGAAGACGGUGGUGUGUAAGCACUGGCUCAGAGGUCUGUGUAAGAAGGGAGACCAGUGCGAGUUCCUCCACGAAUACGACAUGACCAAGAUGCCUGAAUGCUACUUCUACUCCAAGUUUGGUGAGUGCAGCAACAAGGAAUGUCCGUUCCUGCACAUUGAUCCAGAGUCCAAGAUCAAAGACUGUCCCUGGUAUGACCGAGGCUUCUGCAAACACGGUCCUGACUGCAGACACAGACACACAAGGAGGGUGAUCUGUAUGAACUACCUGGUGGGCUUCUGUGCAGAAGGAAAAUCCUGUAAAUUCAUGCACCCUCGUUUUGAAUUGCCUAUGGGAGCUUCUGAACAGCCUCCUCUACAACAGCAAAUGCAGAACCAGACGAAGCCUCUUCCGAUGCUCGGUCGCUCGUCGCUCUCUCUUAUCCAGCUGACCAACUCCAGUAUGCGGCCGCAGAACCACAUGCAUAUGGCUCCUCCUCAGCAGAACAACAUGUCUGGCAACAGAGGGCCUCGGCCACUGGACCAGGUCACCUGUUACAAGUGUGGUGAGAAGGGCCACUAUGCCAACAAAUGCACUAAAGGCCAUCUCGCCUUCUUGAGUGGACAAUAACCGUCCACCUUGAGGACCAUGUGGAGUCACCCCUUUGCUCCACAGGUUGAACUGAAAGACUUUGACUGCUACGUGUGAGUUUAUACAGACACGGGCAGAAGGAAAAAUAAACAUACUUCUAUUUGUUGUGGGUACGUGGAAGUAAAAAAGAUCGUGGAAGAAAAAGACGAGGUCACAAUCGGUGUGGCUGUGGUCGAAUGACUUGUGCGUGUAAGUCUUGGUGGUUUUGUACUGUAUAGCACACUGAAUAUUUAAUCACACCCAGGGUCCAACAGUGGUGUAGUCCUGUAACAUGUUCCAGCAUCUUUACAGGAUAUAUACACGUGUUUCCUUGGGUCAUGUGACUGCAUCAGUGACACCAGACCGGACUUUCUAUUCUGCUACUUCUAGUAAAAUCCGUGUAAAUGAAAAUUAAAAAAUAGAUGUGGGAAUGUAAAUUCAUGCCGUUUCUACUCUACUGCAAUUAAUCAGAGCCCAAAUCCUCAGUGCAGAGGUUUUAGUUAAAAUCAGACAUUUUAAAUCCUGGGAAUGUGUUUUUUUUUUACCAGGUUGCCCUUUGUUAUUAAAGCUCUCAAAACCAAGAAUUGCAAAGUUGUAUUGGAAGUCUGAACAGUUCCAUAAUGUGUAGUGUUUUUCCAAUAAUGUGUACAGUGUUUCUCCAAUAAAUGUCUUUGUUACAGA